UGAGUUCCUGAGUUCAGGAAGCAGUGCCUGCUUCUUGUGAUUCCUUAGCUUGUGAACUUGUAGCUGUUGGCAUCGAUCCCUGGAAGUCAAGGAAGGGCAGGCUAGCUACUGCUACUGAGUUCCCUCCAGGUACCUAACAUAAUUAUAUAUAUGUUAUGUCAGUGAGCAGUUACUCAUACUAUAGACAACCAAAGGUUCAAGAUGAUACAGCGAGGAGUGGCCAAAGUUCAUCAGAUCCUGUAAUUGAAGUUAUAACUCCUGAAGUAUUGGAUAACCAUGGUGCAGAUAGUUCAAGGAGCCCCUUUGCCGGGAUUUGGUCUCGGACUCUGGGAAUCAAAAUAACUGGUAGAGAUGGAUUUGAGAGACUUGACGUAAGAAUUCCUGCUGGGUUCUUAGAAGGAAUCACAAAUAUGGUUCCAGCAUUGGGGGGUGUAAACCUCAAAGAACUUUUGGACGAUGCAGCUGAUGAAGUAGGAGGAAAGCUUCUAUUAGAUUUCAAUGAUGCAAUGGGUGACAGGAUUCAGGUGUUUCUUGAAUGAAUUCAAUGCCAGUUGGCUUUCAUGAGUCAACGGUAAGGUUUCUUUAUUUGUAUUUAAAGCAAAGAUCAAUCUUAUUUUACAUAAUUAAGCUAAAGAACAAUUGCUGCCUUAAA